AUGGAGACGUCUAAACAAAACCUCUCUGAAUUAGACACAAAAGUCUCUAAUCUUUCCAAGACCACUCACAGCUUUAUGCAAGAGACUAGAUCUUCAAUUCAAAACUUGGAAAUACAAGUGGGUCAUUUGAGCAGCAGGAUACCUGAGAGACCUCCUAACACUCUCCCAAGUAACACAAAGGUCAAUCCAAGGGAAGAGUGCAAAGCCCUCAACAUGGGCAAGGAGGCUAUUCCUAAGGAGAAGGAUGUUGCUCAGGAUUUGAAGGAGAAAAAGGCUCAAGAGGAGACUGGCAGUACACUUGUACACGCCCGAGUAAUGAUGAAGGAGCCUGAAGUACAACACCUUCAGAACGUGCAAGAGGAGGCCAAGGAUGAGCAACUUUCUCAAUUCUUGGCAGUCUUCAAGAAGUUACAAAUCAUUCUUUUUGCUGAGGUGUUGGAGAAGAAGCCUCCUUGUAUGGCCUGUCUGAAAAGCAUAUUUUCAGAGAAAAAGGCCCUGAGGGGAGAUAAAACUAUAGUGCUGACCAAGGAGUGCAGUGCACUUGUACAAAAGAAGCUACCUCAGAAAUUGUCAGAUCUCAGAAGCUUCCUGAUUCCCUGCACUAUAGGGACCAUCACAUUUGAGAAGGCACUAUGCGACCUUGGAUCAAAUAUAAAUCUGAUGCCUCUCUCUGUGAUGAAAAAGUUAGGGAUUCAAAAGGUGCAUCCCACAAAGAUCUCACUGGAGAUGGCAACUAAGUCCCUGAAGUGGGCAUAUAGAGUGGGGGAGAAUGUCCUUGUAAAGGUUGAAGACCUUUACCUCCUUGUGGAUUUCGUGGUAUUUGAUACUAGGGAGGAAAAGGAUGAUUCCAUCAUCAUAGGAACACCAUUCCUAGCUACUGGGAGAGCCUUGAUUGAAGUAGAGAGAGGAGAGCUAGUCUUGAGAAUGCAUGAGGAUCACUUGCUGUUCAAAAUUCUUAAGCUUCAACCUCUCUCAGAUAGAGGUGGUACUAGCAUGCAGAGCUCAGUGCUCAAGCUUUCUCAUUCAGUGGAAAGCUAUACAGAGCCCUUGCACAUCGAACCUAAGUUUGGUGUUGGGCAUUCACCACCCACCAUUGAAGGAUGA